UUUUGUCUUUCCUUUGCAGGUGCAGUGCCCCACUGAUUGGUCUCCGAACCACCCUCGCAGCCAAUGGCUGUAGGCGAGACGAUGACGUCAGAGCGGAAGGAGCGGCGUAUAAUGGACGUGGCGGUGGAGUAACCUCGUCAAGGGGAGGUAGUUCGUGGAUCGAGAUGGAAGCUGGCAGACGAGAGAAGGGAUGCCGCGUGGUGCUGGGAGGGAGUUUCCCCGCUUCUGCUAUGAUGAUGUUUCUGCUACUGUUUGUGGCGGUGAUUUUUGACACGGCGUCAUGUAUGCUGUUUCAGAGUCGGAGAGUGGAGGAGAGUUGUCUCCCAGGCAUCACAGGCCACCAGUUGAGGGAGCUCAGCCGAGGGAUGGGCAACUCCAGUUAUUUGUAUGGCCAUUUGUUACGUCACAUCAUGGUGCCGCGCGUAUCUGGCACAGAGAGCAACAGGGUCGUGGGACAGGUUACAGAACGCCAUUUAUCGGCGCCAUCGACUCGGCAGUUCCCUGCUCUGUGAUGAUAGACACUGCGCGGAAACUAAGGGAGAUCACUUCAGACGCUCAAGGGCUAGGCCUUAAUGAGUACACCCUCCAGUACAUUUUCUUUGACGGUGAGGAGGCUUUCCAGACGUGGACCGCCACCGACUCGCUCUACGGUUCCCGCCAUCUGGCUCAGCUCUGGGAGAACUCCCCUGACCCACGUGACUCCAGUGCCAGUAACAAUUUGCAGAAUAUCGUGUGCGCUGUCUUCACCUCAUCUCCACGCCGUUCCCCAACGUGUGGCACACGCCCUACGACACAGGGCGCUACCUGGACGUGGCGCUCAUCGAGGACUUUAGCCGCAUCUUGCGGGUGUUCCUCACCUCCCUGUUGCUCGGACUCUGACGUCACAGCACCGUAUAGGGGAGCUGGGCGAAGAAUCCAUUCUGGAAGAUUCACGGAGUUAGUGCCAAAGAUCGUACAUAACAUUAACAUGAUAGCUCACUCAGCCAAAAAAGUGUCCGCGGAAGUCGGCGCAUUGGUUCAGAUGGCGCUGCAGUCUUUGUUUUUGAAGCCCUAUUUCGUUUCCCCAAAAGAAGAAUAGGGACAGCACUCUUACUUAUAUUAUUUUUUUAACACAAGUUGGGUAGAUCUAACUCUGAUCGCAAAGUCCGCACUUUUUCGAAAAGGGGGCCACCGAAUUUAGAGGACACUUUUGUAAUUGACUCAAAGAGAGGAGUGAACUAUCCUGUUAUGUAUGAUCUUUGAGCUGGGAGAAGAAUCAAUUGUGGAAGAUUCACGGGAUUAGUGCUACGGAAGAAGACUUCCGAAUCCUUUUUACAUAAACCAACGAUUGUCAGUUAGUUUAAUCAUUAAAACCUUCUUCUUUUUUUUAGAAUUUAUUUUUGAAAAAUAGAAGUUGAUGUUUCGUAGUGUUCUGAAAUCAAAGUUAUCCGAAAUCCUGAAGAUGUUCAGAGCCAACCAGGUAACCAUCAGCAGAAAUCAUAUCAUAAGAAAGUACACAACUGAAUUCGGACUCGAUGCCUACGAUUCCAAGCUUUCAAUAAUCCGGAACCUAACCGCCCACCACUGCCGUGCAGUGCCCGUGAAACCGAACCACAGAAUUGGGGAAAAAAUAGACGUGCGUUCUUGUGACGCAGUUUCCACCUCAGUCUCAUGAUAAUAGUAUUACAUGUAUUACGACGCUCCUUUUUGAGUUUGGUUCAACGGAGAAUGGUCAAGAGAACGACCCAAGUAUGAUAAUAAUUUUAGUAGGAUGCUCCGUUUUUGAGUUUGGUUCUACAGAGAGUGGUCAAGAGAGCGAUCGUAGUUCACUUAUGGAGGCAAAAUGAAAGCUUACGAGUUUGCCUGACGACUAGGCUAAAAGUUCAUUUCCAUCACUUACAUUUACAAAUUACACAGUAAUGGCUUUCUAUCUGAAACAUUAAACGCCUCCUGUUUUCAUACUAGAGAAAUAGAAACAGCUUUAAGUACAUUCGUCGUGUAAACAUACAGAACAUGUUCAAUAUAUUGGUGUGGACAAUGUGUCAUAUUCCUUUUAAAAAACUAUUCCUAUUUCUUUCUAUACAUGUAUUGAGAAACGUUAUCAUGGUGAGACUUUGAAAAUAAUAUACAGAACUCAUUCACUUACGAGAACAAAAAUGACGUAACACCGCUCAAAUGUUGCCAGACUUCAGGGCCUCAGUUGGAACACCAUAUUAAAGUAACAGAGAUACAAGUCUUUGAAGACUAGAUGUGACGACUCAAACACCGAAAAUGAUAACAGCUCAUGUUUAUACAUCAUGUAAUACAACUGCAAGUGCAAGUGUAGUUGAUGACUACUUUGGUCUAACCUUUAAAGAUAAGUGUUCGCUGCUCUAACAUACUUCGUCUGUUUCCCCUUAUCGUUGACCAAAAACCAGACUGAGACGUGCUGAAAAUGAUCCUGUUCCAAAAUUGUGUUUACAUGCCAUGUAGAAAAUGCCGAUUUGUUUCUGUCGAGUUAACAUAACAUUAUAGUAUAGCGUCCAUGUAACAUUAUAGCGUCAUCUUUUAACUAUUGUGAGACAACUAACGUCCUGACCAUCAAACCCGAGGAAUCCAGUUUUGAUCAGAUUUCUUUCAAUAUUAAUAUGUUUCACUUUUGUUCAUAUGUAUUACUAUGAGCGCUGCCUGUACUUGUGGUGUUGGGGUCAGGCACUUCACAAUUGUGUGCAAAAGACGUGAGUUCGAUCCCAAUAGUGGAGAAGUUAUGUAAUCCAACGAGUACCUCAGCCUGUCUACUCUGACGGUGUAUAUCCACUGAGCUCAGGCUAGACACCCUGAAAGAUAGGAUAGAAAAUGCCAACGCCGUAAAGUGAUAUUAGUUGUGUCAAUUUUGUAAUUUUAAUUAAAUUAAACUUUAUCUAUUUAUUUUA